GUCCCAUGGUAAAAAACUAGCAGGAAAAGGUGAAGGACUAUAAUUUCUUUUUCUCUGGCAUAGAAAAGGUUGUAAAUUAUUAUUUAACUUUCCACCUGACUCCAGCUGUCCCUCCUCUUCCCUGCCCUACUGUGACAGUUUUAUAUAAAGCACAGAGUUCUUGGCUACAACGUGGAAAUCAAACCCUAGCUCUCACCUUCUGCACCAUGAAUCUGACUGCCAGUGAUCACCGAAUCCCUCUGAAUGAUGGAAGUAGCAUUCCUAUCAUUGGACUUGGCACCUUUUCAAAUAAACGCUUUAAAGAUUUAUGCUUUCAGUCUGUGAAGACUGCCAUUGAUGUUGGGUACCGCCAUUUUGAUGGAGCCUACAUUUACCAUAAUGAACAUGAAGUGGGAAGAGCAAUCCAAGAGAAAAUCGCUGAAAAAAAAGUGAAACGAGAAGAUAUUUUCUACUGUGGCAAAUUGUGGUCUACUUUCCUUAAACCAGAGAUGGUACAACCAGCUCUGGAGAAGACACUCAACUCUCUUCAGCUAGAUUAUGUCGAUCUUUACAUUAUUGAGCUGCCAAUAGCUUUAAAGGCUGGAGAGAAUAUUUUUCCUAAAGAUGAAAAUGGCAAAUGGUUGUUCGAUGAGGUCAAUUUGUGUAGUACAUGGGAGGCUCUGGAAGCAUGCAAAGACAAAGGCUUAGUGAAGUCCCUUGGAGUGUCUAAUUUCAAUCGAAGACAGCUUGAGCUUAUUCUGAAUAAACCAGGACUCAAGUAUAAACCAGUUUGCAACCAGGUUGAAUGCCAUCCAUAUUUCAUCCAAACAAAGCUCUUGAAAUUUUGUCAAAACCAUGACAUUGUCAUGGUGGCAUAUAGCCCUUUAGGGACCAAUAGAGACCCAUCAUGGGUGAAUAUACAUUGUCCUCCCUUGCUGCAGGACCCUUUGCUAAUCUCCUUGGGCCAAAAGUACAGUAAGACACCAGCACAAAUCUCUCUACGUUUCAAUAUCCAACGAGGGAUAGUUGUCAUUCCCAAUAGUUUUAAUAAUGAUAGAAUAAAAGAAAACUUUCAGAUCUUUGACUUCUCACUCACUGAUGAAGAAAUGAAGAGCAUUGAAGGCUUGAAUAAAGGCGUUCGUUUUGUGAAAUUGUCAAGGUGGAGUCAUCAUCCUGAAUACCCUUUUCAUGAUGAAUACUGAAAUCUGAAAACACCUGUAUUGAUUUUAGCGAGAAGAUCCCUUCCAGACUGAAUGGAAAAGAAGAAUACUUACCUUUCAUAUAUUCUAGCUUUUUUGCUGUUAAUUUAGGACUAAUGUUUUUGAAUCUGUCAAAAUCAUAAUGCAUCAAAUAAUUAAUAUGCUAUAUAACCAUGCCCUCUGGUAGGCUCAAUUGCCCCUGAAAGACACACCUGAUGUAUGUACAAGGAAUGGAGUUAGAUGGGAUUAACUGAAUUACUUUGGACCAGUAUCAAGGUUUUUACACUGUGGGUAAAAGGGCCUAACAGACAGCCUGGACCAGUACACAGAUAACUAAAGUCACAGUAAAUGGGAAGUGUAUUUUAUUUCCAAAGGGAGAGGUUAAAAGGGAAAAGGGAAAACCCCUGACACUAAUUUUACUAAGUACUCCAAAAUGUAAGGCCUUCUCAUAAAGGAUCUUCAGAGAGCUGAUUUUCUACUCAUCUCCCUGUCCUAGCUAAGCUGUAAAACCCCAGUCCCUGUUCUAUAUAUCCUGCAAUAAAAUCCUCUCUUGGUUGUUACUAGAGAUACUGAUCUGUAACAGAUCAGGCAAGGAUCCAGGGAAAAGGUCCCAAGUCCAGAUAGACCUCUGCUUACUGACAACUUAAUGUUGAUACAGGAUAGUGACAGGCUCUUGAGAUAUUCUUCCAGGACACACAGCACAAGAACAGCAACAUAGGCAGCAAUAAGGAUAGUGUCAAACUCUCAAGACUCAGCAUCAAAUCCAGAGAGAGAAAGACAGACCCAACAGUCUCUGCGUUUUUAGCUUAACUCCUCCCUGCAGCAUUCCAGAGUCUUUCCCUGUUGGUCUCAUGCCUCUGUCCUUUGCACACCUUCAUCUUCCUGCAAAUUGUAUCUCUUCUUUAUAUCAGGAGGCAUGUCUCCUGAUUGGCUGAGGGGGUGAGGAGGAAAGGACAAAGCAAGACAGACCUUGAAUGGCAAAUGGGAGAGCUUUUGGAGCCUUAGGAACAUGGGGAAAAGCCAGCACUUCCACAUGUCUCUGGAUUCUUAGCUCAUAGCCAAAAGGAAUAGAGUAUACUCAUUGGGCAGGUUGUUUUUCUACCCAGUUGAGCUAAAAAAAGCAUCUUAUUCCCAGAUCACAGAGCUCCCUAAUUCUUGAGUAUUCUAUCAGCCCAACAAAUCUGUAUAAUUUCCCAUUCUUUACUGUUACUGUCUUACUAGCUUGCUUUGAUUAAUAUAUUUGCUUAGUAUCCAUAAUUACAGAUUUUGCAAUAAGUACAUGCCAGGGAAGGGAAGCUAAAACAGCCAAGAUUAAGCUUUUACCCUCUAGGUUGGGCAACUUCCCAAGUAGGACCAAACUACUCCCUCCCUAAAGUAGCCAAGAAAAGUAAUGUCAUCCAGAGCCCCUUCUCUACCUCUUUGGAAAAAAACAAUCCCACCCUUAGACUUCAAAUAUCUGAUAUGUAAAAGAGAGAUAUAAUUCUUAUCCCAGUACCCCUGUUGAAGAUAGGAGCCAUGGUUGUCCUCCUACUCACAAUAAAAGUAGAACUCUAACCAGCCUGAAAAAUAGCAUGCCAUCUCUAUAUAUGUCCUAUCCCUAACCCCUAGUCCAACUGUAAUACUGUAUCUUAGUCUACUCUGAGUCUUGGACUUUAUAGUGAAUAGAUUUUGAUAGAAUUUAGAUACUAGGAAACCGAUUUGAAGAUCAACCUUCAAAAGAAGAUACCUAGUGACAAAGGGCACACUAACCAAGAUAUUAUCAUAGCAGAGACAUAAAUGAGGCUCUUUCUCCUACCUCAUUAUUAUGAAAUAGAAAAUAUCCAAAACAAACGCAGCACAAAACAACUCAAGGAAGUCAGAGCAGGUUUUAUAUUGAAGAGGAAAGUAGGAGAAAAUUAGAAAGGAGAUUUGAGUUUAUGUAGAAAGGCAGAAAUCAAUGCAAAGCAUUGAAUAUAUUCUAUUCAUAUUCCAAGAGAAAAAAAUGCUCAGAAGAAGGAUGGACUUUAAUAUGUGAAAUCUCUCCAAGAAGUAAAAAAUAAAUCCUAUACUUUGAGAAUGCCAUGAGAUAAACGGUGGCUGCCUUCAGCCUGGACUACAGUCUGUCAUUAAACUAUUUGCAGUUUGCUUGGAUGAUGGAGGAGGGAUGGAGAAAAGGGGAGGGACCUAGCCAGGAAAAAAAUCUACCAUUGCCAAUUGAUUACCAAUAAUGCUUGAUAAUGGAACAGGUACUUUCCUGAGGUGUUUUCUAUGAAGAACAUUUAAUUGUAUUGACCUAGAAAAUACUACAAAUUUAGGGCUUGGUUAUUUUAUUUAUUGUCCAUACUAAAAGAAUGUAAAGGAUAAAAUGUUAACAAUGCAGAUUAAACUUAAACUUAAAAGUAUAGGUACGUGGGGGGGAGGAAAAGAAAAUGAUCUAUGUCUUUAAUGAAUAAUGCUUGGAAAUGAUCAAAUAAAAUAUAAAAAAAAAAGUAUAGGUACAUACUUCCCCAGCCCCAUAUACUGAUGGUUAAAUACUUAGCAGCACACUGGUGUUGCUCUAUAAACAUUACUUGAGCUCAAUAGGAGGGCAAGAUAAAACUAUGGUAAUAAAUCUGGUGACAUAAUAUAAUGUAAUAUAAUAUAUGCUGUAAUGUAAUAUAAUAUGAUAUACCAUAACGUGAUGCAAUAUAACAUAAUUAUAAUAGCAAUGUAAUAUAUAAUAAUUAUAAUAUGUUAUAUUAAAAUAAUAAGUGGCAUGCUUAUUUGACAA